AUGUGCCGCCGCUACUUUAGUUACCGCUGGCAGAUGUGUUGUGCCUUUGCCUGCAGUAUCUAUGGCGGCCCCUAUAAGUCGUCUUUUCUGCUAAAGACAAAACCCUCGGGUAGUUCUCGCCUCUUAGUACGUCCAGAGUAUAGCGCCUCCAGGAGACCUCCCAAGGGCGACGGCGCCUCCAGGGACCCUCCCAGGGGCGGAAGCGCCCCCAAUAACCCUUCCAGAAGCGGCGUGCCCCAGGAACCCUCCCAGGUACCCUCCCAGGGACGGCGGCAUCCCCAGGGACCCUCCAAAGGGCAGCGGCACUACAGGAAGCCACCCAGGGCCGGCGGGCCCAAGAAACCCUUCCAGAUGCGGCGGCUCCCCCAGGGACCAACUCAGGGGCGGCGACGCCCCCAGAAAACCUACCAGAGACGGUGGCGGGGGCACCCAGGCCCUAUUAAGGGCGGUGCUGCCCACGGAGAAACCCGGGAGCGGCGGUACCCCAGGAACCCCCAGAAGCGUCGGUGCAUCCAAGGACCCUCCGGGGUGGGGGCACCCCCAAAGACCUUCCCAGGGACAGCAGCACUCCCGGGAGGCCCCCAGGUGACGGCGGCAUCCCUAGGGACCCUUUCAAGGGUGGCGGCGCCCCGGGACCCUCGCAGGAGGAGCGAUGGCGGCAUCCCUAGGGACCAGGGUGGCGGCAUCCCCAGGGGCGGCGACCCCAGGGAUGUCAGCACACCCAGGGACCCUACCAGGGGUAGUGGCGUCCCCAGGGACCCUCCCAGGGGCGGUGCCUCCCCCAGAGAUUAUUCCAGGAACCUCCCAGGGCGAGGCGCCACCAAGGACCAUCCCUGGGGCGGUGGCGUCCCCAGGGACCAUCCUAGGGACCCUCUCCGGGCGGAGUAUCCCCAGGGAAUCUGCCAGGGGCGUUGGCGCCCAGGACCCCAAGAUCGCAGCACCCCUGCUGCCCUUCCAGGGAUCCUGCCAGGGGCAGUGGCGCACCCAGGAACCCCAGGGACGGCAUCGCCCCCAGGUACCUUCUCAGGGACGAUGGUGCCCACGGGGACCUUUUCAAAUGUGACGGUGCCUCCAGUAGCCCUCCCAGCGGCGGCGGCAGCGCCUCCAGGGGCCCUCUCAGGGGCAGUGGUGCCCCAAAGGGUAAUCCCAGGGGCGGCGGCGACCCCAGGGACCCUUCCAGAGGCAGCAGCGGGACCAGGGACCCUCCUAGGGGCGGCGACACCUUUAAGAUACCCUCCCAGCGGCGGUGGCGGUAGUGGCGACCCCAGGGGCCCUCUCAGGGUCAGUGAUGCCCCAGGGACGGCGACCCGAGAACCUCCCAAUGGCGGCAAAACCCCAGGGACCCUUCCAGAGACGGCGACACCCCGAGAAACCCUCCGAGGGACGGCGGCGCCACCCGGGACCCUUCCAGUGGCGGCGCCUCCAUAG